AUGCUGGAAGAAGAAGCUUUGUCCGCCUCUUUCUUUGAGUCUUCUAAAUUUCAGCCUUCUGUUUCGGCAAGCCCUGAAAUCCCAGAAGUUAGUCAGUCUGCUUCAUUUACCACAGAUUCCUUAAACAACAUUAACCCAUGGGAUCCUCCUCAGCAUGAUAUUUCAACUAUUUUGAAUUUAAAUUCCUUUUCUGCUUCGCAUCCUCCACCAAUGCCUCUACAAGCCGAUGAUCCGUGGGCUAUGCCUGCAACAAAUAUGUCAAAUCCUACAUAUCCUCAACAGACAAAUUUUCCUAUAAAUAACAACAUUAAUGCUCCUGCAAUUAUUACCACGUUGCCUAGCGAAGACGAAUUCCAGUGGUUUUAUGAUAUGGACCAUAUUACAGUAAAUAUCGCUCCAGAAAGAGAUGAUAACCAAUUAAAAUUUAAUAAUAAUAGUACAUUACAUUUAAAUGAUAUAUCAGACAUACUUCAAGGCCAAGUGAUAUCGCAUAUAAUCGAUUGCCAUGCCUUUGAAAUAAUAAAUGAUUGA